ACACACACACACACACACACACACACACACACACACACACACACUGAGUCAGGCCCUGCACACGGAGAUAGAGGAGGCUGCCAAAUCACAAUCAGUGUUCCUUCUGAGUGAGGCCAGCCCUCUCUGUUAUCUAACAUGGAGCUCCACAAAGCCAUCCACCACAGCUACCUGGGCAAUGAGAAGCACCAGAUGCUGAACCUGAACCGGCGCCUGGAGACCUACCUGAGCCGGGUCAAACUCCUGGAGCAGGAAAAUGCACUGCUGGCGAAAGAGAUCGAGGCGAUGAGGCACAGCAACCGGGGCGCCUCGACGCGGAGGAAGGGCCUGGAGGAUGAGGUGCGUCGGGUGAGAAUGGAGGUGGAAGCAGCCUGGGGGGAAAGGGUCCUGGCGGAGAUGGAGGUCUGCAAGGUGGCCGAGGAGCUCCAAGACUUGGACCUGCAGCGGCAGAGGGAGGCUCAGGCUCAGGUGGAGGCCAGGAAGAAAAUGGAAGAGAGCAGGAAGGAGCUGGACGAGGAGCAGAGGGCUCAGAUGUGGCUCAGGGAGAAGGUGAAUCAGCUGGAACAUGAGAUGAUGCACCUCAUUCAAACCCAUCAGGAGGACGUGGUCAACAUGGAGGCAGAGUUGAGCAGCUCCAGAGCCCCAAUGCCACCCGUGUUGGCUCAAAGGGGCCACCAGAAGCUAGACCUCCUUCAGGUGGGACAGGAGCUCUCGCAGAAGGCAACCAGGGCCUGGCAGGAGGCGGCGGAGGUUCACCAGGCGCAGUUAGAUCAGCUGGAGGAGUCAUUGAACCAGAGCAGGAGCCGCCUGAAGGAGGUCAACAAGGAGAAGAAGGAGAGCGAGAUGAAGCUCAGAGCCCUGGAGAAGGAGAAGGCCUCGGCUCAGGACGUCAGGAUGCACCUGGAGAGGACCGCACAGCAGCAGGGAGACGGAUACAGCGAGGAGAUCCAGACACUGCAGGAGCAUUGGGAGAGCCUGGAGGCAGAGAAAGAGGAGCUGAGCGAUCAUAUCGAUCAUCUCCUCCAGGAGAACCGAGGCCUGCUGCAGCAGAAGGUGGCUCUGGGCCUGGAGGUGGCAACGUACAGAGCUUUGCUGGACGGUGAAAGUCCCGGGGGAGACGUCUCUUUGUCAAACCAGCCCAGAAACAUCACAGAUGCAUUCUUCACUCCUCGGGGGGUUACAAAGAAUUACCAGACCAAGAUGUCCACAAGCCACAGAACCGCUUCCCUUUCAUCUGUCCGAGGAACAGCAGGAAGAGCAUCCACAGCGAUCAAUCCAACACCAACCUGGAGCAGAAGACCUGCGACCGUCGCUGAGACCCCAAAGACGUCUGCAAAAUCUGCGUAUGAAGAGACAACAAAGUCAACGUGGGACACGCCUUAUCCCAAGAUACUGCAGGAUGGAGCUGUGGAGAACUUCAGACCACAGGAAGUUCAAGAGAAAGUCACCCAUGCCGAGCCUCUGUCGCCUCCCAAUGAGGAGGAGGCUGAAACAACCCCAGUGGACCAGGAAGGGGAGGAGGACUGGAACAAUGUCGGUGUAAAACCUGCUGUCGAGCCCGUUGUCAGUUAUCAGGUUGGGUCUGCUCUCAGCAAAGAGCCGACCUAUAAUGAUGAGGCUAGCCAGCAUCAGUUCACUCCCAACCUCACACCAUACCAUGUCAAGAUGUCCGAGGAGCCCUGUGGUUUCUCGGAUGAAUCUGAAAAGGACGUGCCUUUUGAAAUACCAGUGGAAAAAGAAAAUACACAAAACAAGCAAGCUCUGUUUGAAGCAUGGGUAGAGAAAGAGUGGAGAGGCAAGGAAGAAGAGCAUGUCCAGGAGGAAGGGUCUGAUUCUGAAAGCGAAGCGGUAAUCGAACCAAACUAUGAUGUGUCUGAGUGUGAGCCGGAAGAAAGCUUGUUCAACAGCAGAGAGGAAAACAUCCUUAAGGAGGAUGCAGUUGAGAUGAGGCAAGAAGUAGGCGGUUCUUCAGCAGGAACCAAUGAGAUGGAGGAUAGGUUGUACCCUGACGGAGAAGAGAUGGACACAUGGGACAGUGUUAUAGAAAGGAAGGUUGAUCUGAAGACUGAAGAUGGCGUAAGAAAGGAUGAAGAGAUGCGAAAGCACGCUGAACCAGAGGAAGAUAUAUCCGGAAGAGAUCAUGAAAAGAGAGAAAUUAGGCAGGACUUUGGAACAGAUGUGCAGCAGGACAACGUGUCCUCUGUAGUGAUGGACAAACAAGUGGAUGAUGAAGGAAUGCAUGUUGCGUCAGACCAAGAGCACGAUGAGGAGGAUGAUGAAGAGGAGGAUUCUCAAAAUGUCUCUGUGUCAUGGCGGACCGAGCUGGAGAGCGACAGCUACGCUCAGGAAAACACUCUCGCCGACACUCGUCCUCUGAUUCGAUACAAGAGCGACGAGUGUGACGCUAACACUCACCUGGAGGAGAGCGAGUCCAGUGAAGGGGAGCAGGAGAAGAAGAUCGGAGAAAUGGGAACGUGGAGCGAAGGCAAGCCCAAGAGAUUUGGAACUAUGGAAGAUCUGUGUGAAGAGGUGGAAGGGGAAGCACUGGACGAGGACUAUAAUCUGGGAUAUUCCCACAUUGGAAGCAGGGAUGUUGACCAUGGUGUGACUGUAAGUGAGCAGGCUUCACUGGUGAAUGCAGAAGUAAGUGAGGGACAAGAAGAACAACCGACCAAACCAACAGCACCCGCAUAUGUGGACUACGACGAGGAGUUGGAGACAGACAGACUUGUGGAACAGGAAUUAGAAAACCUAGCCACUGACAGCUACAGCGCUCACUUUGCACAGCAGCAGGUCAGAGAGAAUGAGGAGAAGCAACGUCUGGAAAUGCCAGAAAAAGAAGAUGCUGGAGAGUCUUUCUGUGCAGAGCCAUGCCAGCAACUUGCAUCCCCCACUUCCAUCAUAGAUCAGGCCUACGAGUAUAUCAGUGAUUGGCCGGUAAUGCCUGAAGUAGGAUCAGUGGAUGAUGAGGAGGUGCAGCAUCAAGAUCCUGAGGCUCCAGGGAAAAGAGAGGAAGAGGAUGAACACAACGAGUCCAUGGUGACACAUGCUGAUGUUACAGAAGACUACCCUGAGUUUACUGACUUCAUCAGCAGGCCGGACAUGGAAGAAGUCCAAAUAUCAGGCGAUCCUAAGUCUGUAUUAGAGGUCAUAUCAGAUCAGGAAGUCAUGCAGGAUGUGAGAGAGGUUGCACCUGUGAAAUCAGCCGAUGCAUCCCAAGAAAAUCUAACUGAGGAUGGUGCAGAGUCCCAGGAAGUCCCGGAAACAGCUGGAUGGGAAGUCCUAGAGAACCCGAGUGAGGACUCCCGAGAUCAAAGUGCAAAAUGUGAGAAUGUUGAACAAGCCGAAGGUGAAGGGGUUACAGCACGUAACGAGGAGCCCUUGGAGAUUUCCCCCGACACUGUUCCUGAUGAGAAAGAGAUCUUUGUAAUGAAGGACUCCAUGGAUUUCUUUAGCUCCGGCUCAAAGAAUGACUUCUGGGUGUCCUCCCUGGAGACCGGUGCCACCAAUCAACCAGAUGAUGCCCGUAACGAAGCAGCUGAGCAAACCAAUCAGAAUCUAGGCUUUGCUGACAAUAUGGUUUGGGGGAGUUUGGAAAACGUGGACAACUGGAUCUCCAGGGUGGAUAUCGACUCGGCUAAAACCCUGACGUCUAAGAAAGAGAACGAGCAGAUGCUUUCGGAGGUGGUCCAUUCUGACGAGUCUGACCCAGAGGGGGAGUCCUGGUCAUCUGAGGGGGAAGCGGUUUAAAAAGUAGUGAAAAAUUUGACCUAACCAACUCUAGAUCUCGUCAAUGUUAGUAUGCCUUUAGUUUGAAAACCAAAGUCGUGCCUUGGUGCGCACAUCACUGUGCCAAUUCUGUCUCUAAAUAUUCUUCCCUCCUUUUCUUACUGACAUCUUUGACUAACCCCUUCUAUAAUUAAAGCUCCUUCAGUCUCUCGGUGUGCAUGAGGAGGGUCGUUGCAUGAAGGCCGAACAAAGAAUGUAAUUUGAGAGUCAAUGCAUCUAUUGAUCGCUGCUUAAUCUGAUUGAACUGACUGAUGGGAAUCAAUGAGACCAGAAGGGGCGGGUUCCUGGUAGAGCUGCUAUUUCACAUCAAACCAGCAGCUGUAGUGUUUCUGCUGCUGAGUGGAGAACGAAUAGCGUGUUGUCAAAGGUUAUGGAAACACACAGACUGGUUUGAAUAAAGGAAGUGUUUUUAUUUGGUUGCUAGAAUUUUUAUUUCCAUCUAUAAAGUUGCGGGACAUUUAUAGUCCAAAAUAAACAGUAGAAUGAC